AUGAAUCCUAAAAAUAAUAUUACUUUCGAUACAAGUGCAAAAUUAACACAAUUUUUAAUGAAAUGUAUUGGCUUAUCUUUGGAAGCAUUCACACCAGAAUUAGAGAAAAAUGGUAGAAGUUGGUGGAAAAUAUCUCAAGGAACCUUAUUUUUCUUAUCAUAUCUGUUAUUGUUUUUAACAGCACUUGGUGAAGCGGCAUAUUUUCGCCAGUCUUUGAUCAAUUAUAAAGGAUUUUUGGAUGUUACAGCCGUUGCACCAUGCAUUGGAUUCUGCUUUUUGAGUUUAAUAAAGAUGUUGACAGUAUCAUUUAAUUCUAAAACAUUAUCUCGAAUGCACACUGAAUUGAGAAAUAUGUUUCCUAACGACGGUGAAAAUGAUAUAGUUGUUGAAAGUAUGAAAAAGUCACAUAAAAAUAUGCUCCAAUUUGUUAUACCAAACAUGAUUUUCAUGCUGUGUUUCAAUUCGAUUCCUUUGAUUAUGAUGUCUGCACAAUACUUUAAAGGCCAAGAAAUAACACUUUCUCUGCCGUAUCUAAUUUGGUAUCCAAUAGACGUUUAUGUUAUGCCUUUGUACAUUUUUAUAUAUGCAUUUCAAGUUUGGGCUAGCAUCGUUGCAAUUGGCGGCAUUUUAGCUGCUGAUUGUCCAUUUUCCCUAUAUACUGCACAUGUUUGCAUGCAUUUCCGUCUACUAGCACAAAAAAUGCGAACAUUGACUUCCAAAAGUGAGCAUAGAUUGUUGGAUCUAGAAGAUCUUCGCCCUUGUAUAGAAGAACAUCAAAAAUUAAUCGAUGGCGAAAUUGCAUGGGCUGCAUAUGAUUCACCAUGGACUGAUGCUAGUAUGAAAUAUAAAAAAUCAUUACAAUUUAUUAUACUAAGAGCACAACGUCAGCAAACUUACACGGCGAUGAAAUUUUCUACAGUAUCAUUCGAGAGUUUUGCAUCAGUUCUGAAAGCAUCCUUUUCUUAUUUUACUCUUCUGCGAACGGUUUUCAGCAAAGAUUAG